AUGGACACCAAGAAGGAGAACAUAUGGCGUGGACGCUUCAAUCCGCUGCGAUGGGGGAAACCACCGCCUAUUCCUGGUGAGCGAGAAGUAACCAAAGAGUACAAAGCCGGAAUUUGGAACCAGUUAACUUUUGGGUGGAUGGGAGACCACAUGAGCACCGGUUAUCGACGCCCUCUUGAGUACAAUGACAUUUGGCUGCUGCAUCCGGAUCGGACCGUUGAACCUUUAGCAAUCAAGCUUCAGACUUCUUUCCAAGAGCGUGUAUCUCAAAAUCAAAAGAAUCCACUGCUAUGGGCAAUAUACGAUACCUUCCGAUAUGACAUCUUGCUAAGCGCGAUCAAUCGCAUGCUAGCCGACCUUUUCGUCGUUUUUGCGCCAUUUACUUUACGAUACCUGCUAAUAUUCGUGCAAGACUCAUAUGAUGCGAGAAUGGACGUUUCAUCAAGCCCAUUCAUAGGAAAAGGAAUUGGGCUCGUGGUCGGCAUCAUCGUCAUGCAGGUACUGCAAAGUUUGACCAAUUGUCAUUUCCAAUAUCGCUCCAUGUUGGUUGGUGGGCAGACAAGAAGUGUAUUGAUAUCAGCUAUAUUCACCAAGUCAAUGAAACUAUCAAAUCGGGCCAAAAUUCAAGGGACGACUGUUACACUCAAGAAGCCCUCGAUCAACGGAAAAAAGAAACAGGCCGAAACAUUCCAGCAAGAUGCAUGGACAGACGGACGAAUAGUCAACCUCAUGUCAAAUGACACGCAACGGAUAUUCCAGGCCUCAAAGGUUUUUCACUAUGUUUGGUCUAGUCCAAUAUCGAUUAUUCUUGCCAUAAUUCUGCUAGUCAUAAACCUAACCUACAGUGCCUUGCCAGGUAUCGCCAUUUUAGUUAUAGGUCUGGUCGGGGUCACCUAUGUUGUGCGUACCCUCAGUCGACGCCGCGAUAUCAUAAAUGGCAUUACAGAUCAGCGGAUCAGUCUGACACAAGAGAUUCUCCAAAGUAUACGCUUCGUCAAAUAUUUUGCAUGGGAAAAGUCCUUCCAAUCCAGGCUCACCGAUAUUCGAGCAAAGGAGAUUCACUCCAUUCAGAUCCUUCUUACUAUUCGCAGUGCGCUCGGUGCCGUUGCCAUGGCUAUUCCAAUCUUUGCCAAUAUGCUUGCGUAUAUCACUUACUCCUUGACUGAUCAUAACCUCAAUGCAGCUGUAGUAUUUUCAUCGCUAGCUUUGUUCAACUGCCUACGUACCCCGCUGAACUGGUUGCCUGUUGCCAUAGGACAGGCCGUGGAUGCUUGGACCUCAAUCCAACGCAUUGAAGCUUUCCUUUUAGCAGAAGAGAUUCAAGAGCAGGCCGAUCUUGACCGAGAAGCCCCAGCUGCAAUUCAACUGAACGAUGCCAGCUUUACCUGGGAGAAACCAAUUGAGACCAAGACCGUGGACGACGACGAUGACGACGACGAAGAUACCAAUAAACACGGUGAAAAGUCAGAAUCUCCUCAUGAUGAGCGGCAACCUUUUCAACUGAAAAGUAUCACCAUGACUGCCGGCCGUGGAGAGCUGGUCGCCAUUGUCGGCGCCGUCGGUAGUGGCAAGACAUCUCUCCUAUCUGCGAUUGUGGGCGAAAUGCGCAAAACCAGCGGCCAAAUUAUACUUGGUGGCUCCAAAGCGUAUUGUCCGCAGCAUGCCUGGAUCCAAAAUACCACCAUCCGGGACAACAUCAUCUUCGGGAAGCCUUUCGACCCUGAGUGGUAUCAGCGAGUAGUUGAAGCCUGUGCACUGGUCGCCGAUUUCAAGAUCCUCCCAGCAGGCGAUAUGACAGAAAUCGGGGAGCGAGGUAUCAAUUUAUCCGGAGGACAAAAGCAAAGAAUCAAUCUAGCUCGAGCGAUUUACUUUCAGUCCGAUAUCAUUCUCAUGGACGAUCCUCUAUCAGCAGUGGAUGCUCAUGUCGGACGCCACAUCUUGGAAAAUGCUAUCUGCGGACUGUUGAAAGGGAAAAGUCGUAUCCUAGCAACACAUCAGCUGCAUGUACUCAGUCGAUGUGAUCGGGUUAUCUGGCUAGAGAAUGGUCAAGUAAUUACGGAAGGGCCGUACACAGAGCUACUCGAGCGACAUGAAGGAUUCCGCACACUAGUGAGUCAAGUCUCCGGAGGCGAUCAGGAUAAUAGCCAAGACGAAAAUGAGAACCACGAAGACCAGCCUGAAAAUGAAAGCAGUGGGACAGCCACAAAUGAUUCUUCCCUAAAGCUUGUAACAGCCGAGACAAAAGCAGUCAAAAGCGUUCCAUGGUCCAUUGGCAUAUAUGCUGCUCUAGCCGUCUUACAGGGUCUUUUGCUGUUUUCCUUUUCAGCGGCCACGAGCAUAUUCGGCACAAGAGCAAGCAAGAAACUUCUCGAAAUAGCGACAUGGAAGGUUUUAAGAACUCCAGUUAGUUUCUUCGAUACUACGCCUUUGGGAAGAAUCACGCGAAGAUUCACAAAGGACAUUGACUGGAUGGAUAAUAAUCUUACGGAUGCGUUGCGAAUGUAUCUUGUCGUCUUCAGCAUGAUUAUUAGCACAUUUGUGCUAACUAUAGCCUAUUUUUACUUUUUUGCAAUCGCUAUUAUCCCGUUAGCCUGUGCACUCCUUAUUUGGACUGCAUAUUAUCGGGCGAGUGCUCGUGAACUCAAGCGUUAUGAAUCUCUCCUCGACUCCAGCAUGUACGCUCGCUUCACAGAGGCGCUCACUGGCGUCCCCUGUGUCCGAGCCUAUGAGUUACAAGGACAGUUUACGACGCGACUCAUCUCUGCAAUCGAAGAUAUGGGUAGCGCACAGUUCCUCACUUUCGGCAACGAGCGCUGGCUUUCAGUCCGAUUAGAUGCCAUUGGAAACACCCUAGUUCUGGUCACGGGCAUCUUGGUGCUCAUUGAUCGCUAUAACAUCUCACCUAGCAUCUCUGGCCUGAUUCUAAGCUAUAGUCUUAGCCUCGUACAGCUAAUUCAAUUGACCGUGCGACAAUUUUCAGAUGUCGAGGCAGCAAUGAACGGCUCGGAGCGAAUCAUCGAAUAUACCUCCCUUCCAAGUGAAGCACAAUUGGACCUAAACAAAACACCUCCUAAAUGGCCUGAAAAUGGACAGAUUCAAUUUGAGAAUGUCGGCAUGAGAUAUCGUCCAGGGCUGCCCCUGGCCCUCUCCAACUUCAAUCUCAACAUUACUGGUGGAGAACGUAUCGGUAUCGUAGGCCGAACAGGUGCCGGAAAAAGCUCAAUUCUCUCUACUCUUUUCCGCAUGGUUGAGCUCAGCUCCGGUAAAAUAAGUAUCGAUGGCGUCGAUAUUUCAACAAUUGGACUGCAUGAGCUUCGCUCCAAGCUUGCCAUUAUCCCACAAGACCCGACUUUAUUCAAAGGCACAGUUCGCUCCAACCUGGAUCCAUUUGGUGAUCAUAGUGAUCUGGUCCUGUGGAAUGCUUUACGACAAAGCUGUCUCAUUCCAUUAGACCCUUCAUCAUCUGACUCUGAUCUAGACAAGGCUGAUACUAGUUUGCCAAGAUCCCUGAAUAGAGUCACACUGGACUCACCAGUUGCUGAUGAAGGUCAAAAUUUUUCUCUUGGACAGCGACAACUCCUCGCCUUGUCCAGAGCUCUGGUCCGAGACAGUAAAAUCAUCGUCAUUGACGAGGGAACAAGCUCUGUUGACCAAGAUACGGAUAAACAAGUUCAGAGGACAAUCCAGCACGGCUUCAAGGGCAAAACUAUCCUUAGUGUUGCCCAUCGUCUGCACACCGUCUUGAACUAUGACCGUAUCUGCGUCAUGGAAAAGGGGGAAAUCGUCGAACUGGGCACUCCAAAGGCACUGUGGCAGGCAGGGGGCAUUUUUUCGAGGAUGUGUCAACGAAGUGGAAUUGGAAAUAAGGAUUUUGAGGCUAAGUUGUAUAGUUAA